CGAGUUGUAUCAUUUGCUAUCAUUUAAUACAAAUAUCUGGCGUGUUCUCAUAUAUUAAAAGAUAUUAGAAAAAUAUUAUAAAACCAGUUGUUACAGUAACGAUUCUCUUCCCUUUCGUUCGUGUCACUCCUUUUAUUUAGAUAAGUAAUAUACAUAUUUUUAUCAGGUCGUGAGACAAUUGUCUUUUGCCACAAUAAUUAACAUUCUAAUCGGAACGAUUUUUUAUAGCAGCAUAAAUAAGAGAUGCGUAGACGCAUUUUGGUCGAAAGUGGUGGGGGAAUGUGGCGGCGCGCGAUAUGAUAGCGUUUUGAGAUGGUUCAGUUCCGCGCCGUCUCACGUGCGCGACACAUUUCGACAAACGUGGAAUCAUCGGUGUGACAGAUCCUGCCAUACGUACCUUCAAAUUAAUUUCAUUUCUACAUCUAUCAUCUAUAUUAUCAUUUCUUAUUAUAUUAUUUCUUUCACGAUUCAUUCAUACCUGGCACAUUUUUAUUCGUCUUCCUUUUUAUUAGAAAAAAUUCGUUCGACAUUUUUUUUACGCAUCUAUCCUUUUCUUAUAUACCUUUUUUUAUUACGAUCCGUUAGACAACGAAAUACAGUGUAACAGUGUGUUCAGUGUUCUUGGAUAUAAUCAUGGAUAAGAGAAGCGAACGAGUCAGCCGUUUCAAACGUGCUGGAGUCUCGGAGGCCCGUGGCGCGAUGAAUCGCGUGGAUCAUUGGCGCCCGAAGGGAGAUCCCUCGCCUUCUUCGGCUCGCAACGGCGACACGAUCCGACGCUGUCGGCGAAAGGCAUCCGCCAGCGGAGCUAUAGUAGAAGAUCAGCAGACGAUGAUGGGCUGGUGUAGCGUCAAGUGUAGUCCUUGCGAGCAACGUAAGCCUACGCCAAAAAGGAUGCGCAUGGAUUACCAUACCCUUGGUCGUGAUCGCGAAAAUGCCGCUUCUGGCAUACGAGAGAAGCAAGAAACAGCAUGUUAAAUGCAAGAAUGUUAAUUAACAGCAUUCACCCGACGCCAGACGAAGAAUCAUGCGCGCACGAUCGGAUUCAACCUCGUACGUCUACUCGUUGACAAUUACGGUGCCGAGACAGAAUCUUGUAUUACCCCUGGUUUCUCGGUACAAGAACAGCACUCGAGCAUAUUUUCUCGACGAUCCAUAAGAAGAAGAGGAGGCGCGCCGCGAAUCGCGAACGUCGAACGAGCGAUCUUUCCCAUUGAAACAACCCUACCCUUUCCACCCGUUUCCAGCGAAUAAUUAUUUUAAUUCUACGAAACGCUCGCGGCGUGGCACGGCGCUCUCUUUCCGUGCCACCGUGUAACCGCCAAUCGCGGUUCGGCGCUUGGUAUUCGAAGCCAGAGAAACUGCACCGCGGCUGUUUUCUUCGUUCAUCCACGUUCAUCUUCUUCUCUUGAUUCUUCUUUCGGCUAUCAGAGCGUGGAAAGGGGCGAGAGAUCGGCGAACGGAAGCUAGUAGAGGAGGAGAAACGAAAGGGAGAGAGAAUGGAAAAGACAAGAGAGAAACGGAGCGCGGGAUCGGAUCGCCGGUGAAGUAAAAGAGAAAAGGAGAGGAAAAGAGCGAAAAAGAGGGACGACGGCCGACUGGACCAUUCAAAGUUCCCAGGAGGCAACAAAGGGCCAGCAACGAGCUGAUCAAAUUAUCCAAUUCAUUUGGAUUGGCGAGCGAGCGAGCGAAUAAGUGCUCGCCGUUACCAAGAGGUCCACUUCACUGCUUUCGAGCACCAUUCGCCGAGCUAUAAGACGCUACCGUCCAAAUUUAUGCACGUUCCAUGCCACCACCCCCUGUUUUCAAGAUACUAGAGAGCUUCUGACAGUGUUGCGGAAGACCAGCGGCUACUGAAAAACACCAUCGACUCUCAUCUUGCUCUUGUCUCGACGGAAUACGAAGAUUCUUCAUUUUCCCAGCCGAAUAAAUGGAGAUAUUUUUGAGCGCGUACAAGCGCCGAGCGAAUUGAUACGACCGCUAUGAGAAAAUUUCUGAAAAGAAAUUUCGCGAGGAAAAUACAGACGAGGUUUACGCUAUGCUCGAAGAAACGAAAAUUUCUAUGAAACAGCGAGAUCUGGAGUAUCCCACAAGAUAAUUCAGUUUGAUCUUGGAAUUAAGCACGCGUUUUUACCAAUCUUUGCAGCAUUCCAAAAACGCUGAUCAUCGCGAGCUGUGCGUACGAUGUUAACGAAACUUUUUCUUUUCAAAAGAUAUUCGCGAUCAAGCAAAUUAAUCCGAUCUUCGAUACUAUAUCGCAUUAGAAUACCUUCUUCAUCCGCGAAAAGAACGUGAAAAUGCGAAACGCAAUAAAAAUUAAUCUACUUUGAUCUAAUAGUGUUUCUCACCCGCGAAAUUCCCGUGUAUUCGUGAUUUCUCAUAAAUGCGUAAACAGAUGAUGACGGUAGUUCGACAGUGUAAAACGCGCGAAUAAAUAGACGUGGUUGAAAGAAUUUAUAAAAAAAAAAAAAAAAAAAAGAA